GCCUGCUGCAGCGCCGGGGACUGCGCGAGCUGGUCUCGAGCUAUCCUUGCGUGCUGCGGAAGAAUGCUACUUGAGUGUGAGAUGCGGGGUGUCUGGGGUGUAACUGAGAGGCCUGUGGACGAGAACUCUGCCACUCACCAGAAUUUAAACCUCUCAGAAGUAUAUGGUAGAACUAAAGAAGAAGACAACUAAGGGUCAUCUGAAAUUGUGGUUGGCUCACUGAUAAUCCCAGGAAAAAAAAAAUUAGAGAUCACAACUUGAGCACAAGAGAUGCUUGACAUAAAGGCUUGGGCUGAGUAUGUUGUGGAAUGGGCUGCAAAGGACCCAUAUGGCUUCCUUACAGCAGUUAUUUUGGCCCUCACUCCACUGUUCCUAGCUAGUGCCGUUCUGUCCUGGAAGUUGGCCAAGAUGAUUGAAGCCAGGGAGAAAGAGCAAAAGAAGAAACAAAAACGUCAAGAAAAUAUUGCAAAAGCUAAACGACUAAAAAAGGAUUGAAGGAACAAACUGGCUCUGCAACUAGAGAGAAAUCAUUUGGAAAAUUAUGCAGCUUUGGAAGGACUCAAAUAAGGUUUCAUUUGAAUUCAUGGUAGUAUGAUUAGUAAUUUAAAUCUGACCCUAUAAAUUAUGCCCUGACCUCAGUACUGUGGUAAUUUUAGGCUUGGAAUCUACUGUCAGGCAUUAUAAAUUAGCAUUUAUUAUACAGGUGGCACAUCCCUAAAUUCAAAACCCUUAGUACUGCAAAAUCUGACCCUGUGUGCAGACAUGAUGCCAAGAGUGGGACAUUCCACAUGGAGUGUGUGAUUAGGGUGGGGGGGGCUGCAGUCAAAUGCAGUCGAAACACAGGUGCAGUAAAAAUACAUUAAAUGAUUUUCAAACUAUAUGAAAUAUAAAUGAAUUUUGUGUUUAGACGUGGAUCCCUUCCUCAAGGUAUUAUGCAGAAACUCUACAACUUGAAAAGUAAGCAUUUUUGUAUGUUCAACUGUAGUGAAAACAGCUGACAGUUUGGAGCUUAUGUGUUCAAGUGGAAAACAGCCUGCACAGAAAAGUGGCUUUCAAUUAUGAAUCUUAUUCAAAUGGUGGUUUAAGAUGGGAUUCAGAUCUGGACAGGGUGGUAUUAGGAAUGUAAAAGAAUUAUUCUCUGAGGUGAAAAAUUUACCUUAGUUUAAAAGAGAUAUAUUAAUCACAAUUUAAAAAUCAUUGUUUAUUUCUUGAAAUAAAGCAUUUCUUUCUCAAAAGAAAUAUUAGUUUUUAGCCUUUGAGACAACUGGUAAUUAUGAAGACGUUCUGCAUUUUUAAACAUAAUUUUAUAACAAAUUCUCAUCUUGACCAUGUAGAACAUGUAGGCUAAUUUUUGUACUUCUGAAAGCUCCCAUUUCCUUAGUGGAGGUAGGAAGUGUAACGGGAUCCAGAGCUUGCCAUGGAAAUGCCAAGAGCAGUUGGUGCCAUGGGAUCCGUUUCUUAUGCUGACUACAACUGUGGAGGAGUUAAAAGUCUUUAUCAGAUAAUUUGCUGAUUAUGUAAAUAUACUUUUAUUUUUAACUAAUAGGAUAGUGCUGUUUGGUUAAUUUUUAUUCACACAGAUUCAAAGCAAAAAUUAAAGUUUCACAUUUGUGAAAUGAUACUUCAUUACUGAACAAGAAAGCUUCAAAAUUUUGAAAAAUUUUGCUGGGCAUAAUAGUGAUUUUAAGAACGGGAUAAAAUGGCAAUUAGAAGUUCAAAGCUGAAAGACUUUUCAGUGGUAAAAUGACCUUUUUGCCUAUUAAAUAAACAUGGCUUUUCUAAAGGUAUGGUCCAGUAACUCUCUAUUGCAGUAUUUAAUUGCUUAUUAAUGUCUUCUGACCUCUGGUAAUGAAUUUUAAUUAGAGUAAUUGUCCAAUGGUGUAAUGAAAAAAAAAAGAAACUAAAUGUUGAAAUAAAUUUGAUACUUUUUAAUAAA